CACACACAUACAGACCAGAAGGAGAAAAAAAAAUGGCGACUCUCAAGGUUCCUGCGGUUGUUCCUUCUCCAUCGGAAGACGCUGAGCAAUUGAGAACUGCGUUUGAAGGAUGGGGGACCAACGAGCACUUGAUCAUAUCCAUUUUGGGUCACCGUAACGCUGCGCAGAGGAAGCAGAUCCGAGAGAUAUACCAUGAGCUUCACGGACAAGAUCUCCUCAAGGCCCUAGACAAGGAACUCUCCAAUGACUUCGAGAGGGCAAUACUGCUCUGGACUCACGAACCAGCCGAACGUGAUGCCUACUUGGCUAACGAAGCCACAAAAAGGUGGACUUCGAGCAACCAGGUGCUCAUGGAAAUAGCCUGCACCAGGACCUCGGACCAGCUGCUUCACGCGAGGCAAGCUUACCAUGCUCGUUACAAGAAGUCCCUUGAAGAGGAUGUCGCCCAUCACACCACCGGUGACUUCAGGAAGCUUUUGGUUCCGCUAGUUACCUCAUACCGGUACGAAGGGCCAGAGGUGAACAUGACUCUUGCAAAGCAGGAAUGCAAGCUGAUCCACGAGAAGAUCAAGGACAAGCACUACAGCGACGAAGAUGUUAUCAGGAUCCUGUCCACAAGGAGCAAAGCCCAGAUCAAUGCUACUUUUAACCACUACCAAGAUGAGCAUGGACAUGAGAUCCUCAAGGACCUCGGAGGAGAUUCUGACGACGAGUUCCUUGCCCUGCUGAGAUCCACGAUCGAGUGCCUGACCCGACCAGAACUCUACUUCGAGAAGGUUCUCCGGUCGGCGAUCAACAAACGUGGAACAGACGAGGGAGAUCUGACGAGGGUUGUGACCACAAGAGCUGAGAUCGACUUGCAGGUGAUAGGGGAGGAGUACCAGCGCAGGAACAGCGUUCCAUUGGCGAAGGCCAUCACCAAAGACACUCACGGUGACUACGAGAAGAUGCUUCUCGCUCUGCUCGGUGAGGACGAUGCUUAAACCCCCUUUCUCCAAACGAAUAAAACCCGAACCCGAAGCUUUUCCCCUUUGAGUGUGAUUCUGUUCUUUAGAGCAGAACGUUCUUGUUGUUUACGCCAGACUUGAGUCCCAGAACUUGCUUUUGGUGAGCAACUUUUGUUUUAUAAUUCAUGUAUUUUGGAGUUGUUGAGCGUACUUUUAAUUCCCCAAUAAUGCGAAAUGAGAGUAACCUGUGUGCGUUUUCGUCAUCAUGAAUAAUAGGAGUGGUCAUUCCGGGUU